AUGACAUGCCGGGCUCUGUUUAUGGAUUCAUUGCCUACUGCAGAUUUGGUGCCUGAACUGAACAAGGAGCAAGGUCCGAAACCACCUUCAGAAGAAGGACCUGAAGGUCAGCAACGAGGUGGAAUGCCACGAGGUGAACCCCAACAACAGGCCGGAAUGUUGCCCCAAGGUGAACCUCAACAGCAAGCAGCGCCUCCUGAUUCUCAACAGCCGGCACCGCAGGAAGAAGGUAAGCUUAUUCUCCAGUGUUCGUAA